AUGGACCAGCGACAACCAGCAGCAGCUGCGGUCGCAGCAUCGUCUGCCCCAUUAACUUCUUCAUCGAAAUCUUGGGAUCAUAUGCCACGCAAACGUAGAAGAUUCAUGGGCCAAAUGAAUUUAAUGUUAUUGAUAUUUGUGGGCUGCUGUGGCAGUGCGAUUUUAUGGCCCCAGUUUAGUGUUGCCGCUGCAUCGGAUUCCUCAUUGCAAGACUUUGGAUCCGUUACAGCUAAAGGUGAGAACAUAUUUAUGCUCGCCAGCAGCAGCAACAACAACGCCGCUGGUGAUGAUCUUGGCAAUGCCUUUCCUGGCUCCAUACAAGGUAAAGACGAUGAAUACGACGAUGACGACAACGAUGGCAAUGGCGAUGACAACAAUCAAGGUGAUGCAACUAAUGGCGCAAAAAUGCCACUAAUGUCAAAUGCCAGAAAAGAACAAGCAUCGAACGAAGACAUAGAAAUGAUGCAACGUUCACCACAAACUUCUAACAUGCCAGUACCCUCAGAUCACAAGCCACAAUCGGAGAAUAAUCGUCAUCUUAGAUAUCAGCAAAUACAGCAAGCUCUACGCGAACCCAUAACACCUUUGCCACCAAAACACUAUCAUCAGAGGCAUCAUCACCAGCAUCACAACAACCGUCAUCAUCAGCAGCAGCAGCAACAACAACAGCAUUAUCGUCAUCAUGGCAGGCAGCACACUGCUGGGGAGAAGGAGGAACAGGAGGAUGAAUUUAAAUGGCCCUUGCCACCACCUCGUUCCCGACAACAUUACGAACAUCAUCAAAGGCAACAACAUUUGCGCCAUCACCAGCGACAACAUUUGCAUCACCAUAGACGACAUAAUUUCACUGGAACCGCAACAACAACCAGCUCCACAACGACAACCACAACUAUGAGACCCCGUUAUUUUGAUCGCGAUGGUUUGUACAGCAAUCCAAUGGCCUGGUUACCACCAGCCACACAAGGGCCCCUGCACGAGGAAGCCGGAGAAGCAGCAGUGGAGGAAGAUAAACCAAACAAACAUUUGUAUAAUCCCCAUAAUCGUUUGUUCAGUGAUGGUGGCGAUGACCAGCAGAAACAAGAGGACAAGGAACAAGAAUUUAAACGCAUCUCUCUUUCGCUGGAUGCCCAAAAGGAUAUCUCUGGCGGGGAUAAUGGUGAAAAUAUCUUGAAAUUCGAUGAUGAUUUGAAUGCUGAUGAUGAUGACGACGACUAUUCCUAUGAGGAUGACCUCGAAGAGUUGAGUAGCCAGAAGAACAAGAGUCCACCAGCUUCAGGACCCAAUGCUGCAAAAAUUAAUGUCAAACGUUAUACGGCACCAAUAAGAAAUCCCUAUAAACCAUCAUCUUCGGCCUCCUCCUAUUCAUCAAGGAAACGACCUCAACCAUCAUCCCGAUGA